AGGUCAUCUGUUCGCCAAAUAUGUUAACGUUUCUAUAUAGACUGCUAUCGCUCAUUCAUGGCAUUUUAAAUGUUGUAGGAAGGUUUCAGUUUUGUUGUACAGUACUUAAAUUGUGUCCAAAGUUAGAAAAUACAUUCCUCUCACCGUACUGCUGCUUUUAAGAACCUAUUGUCAAAAACGCUUGUCAAAGAUCCUCUGUACGGCAGGAGCGGUCAGCUGUUUUUAAGGACAGACUGCAAAAGACGCUGGUCAAAGAUUCUCUACAUGACAGGAGUGUGCCGCUGUUUUUAAGGACCUACUGCAAAAAAAUGUGUCAAAGAUUUGCUAUAUCAGGGGUGUCCGAGGUGCGACCUGGGGGCCAUUUACGUCCCACAGUACAUUGUAACAAAUAUAAUUUAAUUAAUUAAUUAAUUAAUUUACAAGAAAAAAAAGUUGUAAUCUAACGAUAAAAGAUUGUAAUUUUACGACUAUAAUGGUGAAAUAUUAUGAGGAAAAAUAACAUACUUUUAAAAGCAUAAAACUGAAAUCUUGAGAUAUAAAGAAACUAUUUUUUUUUUCAAGAAAUAACAAACAAAACAAAUAAAGUUGUAAUUUUUGGACAAUUGGGUUGUGGAAAAAGUUAUGAGUUAAAUGUUAUGAGAAUAAAAUCACAAUAUUUUAACAAUUAAGUUAAUUUUAGAAGAAGAAAGUUGAAAUAGUUGGAAAAAAACAGCAGAUAUGAAAAAAACUGCUGUAAUUUUACAAGAAUAAAGUCAAAAUAUUAAGAGAAAAAUGUCGUAUUCUAGAAAAAGAAAAAAGUUGCAAUUUUAUGAGAAUAAAUUAGUUAUAUAAUGAGGUAAAGUGAUGCCAUUUUAGUAGAAUAGAUAUAUAAAAUCUUUUUUUUAUGUCGUAAUAUCAGAAACAAAGAAAACAAAAAGUAAAAUCUGAAAAUUGGGUUGGGCCAAAAGAUACAUUAUGGGAAAAAAGUGAAAAUAUGGUAAUAAUUGGUAAUAAUAAGUCGUAAUAAUUACAAGAACAAAAUUUUAUACGAUUGUUUAAGAAGAAUAUGGAAAUAUUUGUAAAAUUAAAAGAGAAAAACAGCAAAAAUGGGGGGAAAAAAUGAGGAGUUCAUACUAAUAAUACGUGUUUUCACCGACAUGUCAAAGCUGAGAUGCAGUUUUCUCUUAAACAAUGUAUAACUUCUUAGCACAUCUACAGGUGUCGCUUUUCAAAAUAUGAAAGUGGUAAAGUUGCAUCCUUUCACUUUUCACUAUGUGGCCCUUGCAGGAAAAAGUUUGGACACCCCUGCUAUAGGAGCUCAUAGGAGCACUGUUUUUAAGGAAUCAGCUGCAAAAGUCUUAGUUACUUCAGUUUUGAAGGGAACACGCAUGCCGGUUCAGGCUGAUAGCCCAUCAGUAUAAAAUCGUUUAAAGCCUCAAGACUGAUGGUGUCCCGAUACUUUUGUACAGGAUGUUUACAAAUUGACUUUUUAUGAAAGUUAAGCUACCAUGGAUCUCGUGCUGAACGUCACAGACCACUACGUGUUCACGCCUUACGUGUACCCGGCGUCGUGGGCCGAGGACGGCGCCCUGCGGCAGAUCCUCAGCCUACUAGUGGUGACCAACCUCGGAGCAGCGGCACUCUACCUGAGCCUGGGAGCCUUCAGCUACUACUUCAUCUUUGAUCAUGACCUCAUGAAACACCCGCACUUCUUAGAGAAUCAAGUUCGGCGGGAGAUCAAAUACGCGCUGACCUCACUUCCCUGGAUCAGCAUUCCCACCGUUGCGUUGUUCUUCGCCGAAGUCCGAGGAUACAGCAAAGUAUACGAUAACGUCCACGACUCACCCUUGGGUUGGACCGGACUCUUCCUGAGUAUGAUCUCCUUCCUGUUUUUCACUGAUAUGUGCAUUUAUUGGAUUCACCGCUUCCUGCAUCAUAAACUUAUUUACAAGCUCUUCCACAAACCGCACCACGUGUGGAAGAUCCCCACUCCGUUCGCCAGUCAUGCCUUCCACCCGGUGGACGGCUUCAUGCAGGGGCUCCCGUACCACAUCUACCCCUUCCUCUUCCCGCUCCACAAGGUGCUCUACUUGGCUCUGUACAUCUUUGUCAACAUAUGGACCAUCUCCAUCCACGACGGCGACUACCGCGUGCCUGACGCUAUGACAGGGGUCAUCAACGGCUCGGCUCACCACACCGACCACCACCUCUUCUUUGACUACAACUAUGGCCAGUACUUCACACUGUGGGACCGCCUGGGGGGCUCCUACCGCCACCCGUCAGCGCUGAUGGGGAAGGGUCCACGUGACCUGAUCCGCAAGCUUCAAGCAGAGGGGAAGUUCACGAAGGGGGGGAUGAAUGGACUGCAAAGCGCAACGUGCAAAGAGGAGUAACGGUUGAGAAAUGCAACUUAUUGGUUCUUUCUCAAAGACUGCCCAUCAUAUUUACACAAUUGAGAAUUGUUUGGGUUCUUGUAUUUGCCAAAUAACAGUUGGGAAAUUCCACCAGGAAAACCUGCUACUGUUUUGGGAUUUGCAAAUCUUACCGUAAGUGUCCAAAUAGCUCCCAUUAAGAGACACAACCGAGCAGGCAAACAUGGAUGCAAUAUUUGUUAACAGAUUCUGAAGUCUGCUUUGUUGUUUAAUGCUGUGUUCACACUUGGUCCCGACCAAAAAAAAAGAUGCAUGAUGCGCAUUUUGGUGCGGUUCGCUUAGCGUUCACACUGGUAUUAUAAAGGCUGUGCAUAUGGCAUAUGCAUAAAGUAAGGACUUGAUUGGACAGAUUUUGUGACCUUUUAUAUGAUAUAACUCAAAUAUUCCAAACCAAAAUGACAUCUGCUGGGUUGAAUACGUCGCUUAUUUUAUUUUACCAGCUUACAUUUGCCAAAAGGCUACUAAAAUAUACAUUUAAAGAGCGCCAAAUUUGAAAAGUAUGAGCGCACCCUUAAAGACUUAGUGCAAGGGUGUCCAAACUCUUUCCAGGGCCGCAUAGUGAAAAAUGAAAGGAUGCAAGGGCCACUUGAUAUUAUGUAAAGCAGGACAUGUAGAUAUGCUAAGACGUUAUAUAUAUUUCACGAAAAAACUGCAUCUCAGCUUUGUGAUAUACUGUAGGUAAAAAAGCCUAUUAUUACUGUCAACUUCACUCUUUGCUCUUUUUUUCCCCAUUUUUGCUGAUGUUUUUU